AUGAUAAAUCAGAAAAUGUCGCGAGAAACUCUGAGAUUCUACCGAUUAAAAAAUUCACGUUUGAGUAUGAGACCAGGUAGUCUCACACACUUCUUCGUCUGGAUGUUGUUAAUUGAUACAUUCUUGAUGCUCUUGGUGACAUUGGCCAUGGUUAUAAUGGUGAACAAAAUCAAAGCAUUUUGUGUAUGGAUAACAACACACAGUUGGUUGACUAUUGUCCUCAUAUUGCUUAGAGCACUUCCAGUUCUAAUUCUUGGAUUACUCAAACUUCUUGGAUAUCGCCGUGAGAUUGAUCAUUUUUCAUCGCAUUCACUUUCUUACUAUGUUCGAUGGGUUUCACUACCAGAUAUUACGGAUUUCCGUUGGGGUUUGCUUCAGUGUCGCCGUGGUGUUAGCCAUUUUCUUGACGGUGAAUAG